AUGAUGGAGUACGCGCAUUAUCAGCAACCGCCGCAAGGCCAGCAUAGUCAUACACAGACGCAUAUUCAAGGUGGAUAUUCAAAUUCCGGUCAACACUCAAAUCCCGGAGCUCCAAUUACUUCCCCAUCUCAACAACAACCAUCGGUCCAUUCGCAGCAUGGUGUCCAACAAUCUCCAAUUCUUUCUUCGCAGUCGCAGCAAGGAGGACCCAAUGCGGGACACAUGCAGCAACACACAAUGGGAUACCAACCAGCAUACCCAAUAUCGCAGAUGAACAUGCAAUAUGGCGGCAAUCCGAUUACUCCUCAAGCAGCAGCAAUGGCAGCAACCAAUGCAGCCGCUGGUAACUAUCCUUAUAGUAUGCCCGACUCAAGCUUGCCCCAAACAUCGCCAAGAAUAGGUGCGGGUAUCAAUGUGAAGAAGGAAAGAGUACCGCGAUCACCAACACAGGUUGGCAUCAAUCAAAUUGCUCAAAAUCGUCGCAUGAGUACACAACAAGUCGGUAGUCCCGCCGUACCUAAUGCGCAACCUCAUAUGAACCAUGCGCCUCGGUCAUCGGUUUCAGGACCUUCCAUGACAGGACCACCCAUGUCGGCACCACCACCACCACAUCCUCAAUCUCCUGAACUUGUAUCAGGAGCAGUUGAGGAAUCGCCUUUGUAUGUCAACGCAAAGCAAUUUCAUCGUAUUUUGAAGCGUCGCGUGGCGAGACAGAGAUUAGAGGAAGCCCUACGAUUGACUUCGAAGGGUAGGAAGCCAUAUUUACACGAGAGUAGACAUAAUCACGCGAUGAGAAGACCCAGAGGUCCUGGUGGUCGAUUCUUAACAGCAGAUGAGGUUGCAGAAAUUGAAAGAACAAAGGGUGAUGGUGGAGAAGAGAAUGAUAAAUCAUUAGAAACCCCGGCUAAGGGCAUUUCUAGUGUGGGUGCUGGUUCGGGAACUAAGCGAAAAGCCGAUUCCGAUAAUCACACUCCUAGUAAGAAAGCUAAAUUGGUGGCUGCAGCAAGAGGCAGUGCCGAGGAAGAUGAUGAGGAUGAGGAUGAUGCGGAAGAUGAUGGAUGA